UGUUCCUGUACCGUGCCCUUAGGACCGAGCGGCACUUCCAGUAGCUGCGGUGGAGAUCGUAGUCAAUCGGACAAAAGCAACAACAGUAACGCGAGCAAUCGUGGAAUGUCUACGCUGCCACCAUUGGGAGAUAUUAAAAUGAGUUCGGGACCACCGGACAUGCCCGACAAUGCUCCUUCAAUAGGAUCGGCUGCAGGUGGGAUCAGUACUGGCGGGCUAGAUCGCCCAGAUAAUGCCAGAAAUGAUAGUAGUCGUCAUUCGUCUAGCAAGAAAGCUCGCACCGAACAUCAUCACAAAUCGAUGGUUCCAGAAAUUCCGGAAAAGGUGGUAAAAAGUGCUAAUAGCGGAUAUGUCGAUCCCCACAGCUCAGAUCAUGUUAUUGCAAUGACGCAACUUAAAGAAACGAUAGCCACUUUGCAGAGAAAAAUGAAACAAAAGGACGGCAUCAUUCUUGAGAAGGAAAAAGAGAUCAGCGCCUGGAAAGGAAAGCAUUUAUACUUAGAACAGGACUUGAUGCGAAAAUACAAAGAUAUGGAAAAGAACUAUGAGUUCAAGGUUGAUGUUUUAAAUAAAAAAUUAAAGUCGCAGUUGCUGGAAAUUUCCCAACUGUCCAAGGCAGCAAAGGAUGCAACAGAGAAGAAAAAGAAACCGAUUGGCUUUUUAACAAAUACAAAGCUUCACAAACUAAAACCGGAAACGAAGGAGAAAGAGCGCGAUAAAGUUAUCAGCCGUAAUCGUAUAGCCGACGAUGACGACGAAGAAGAGAAAGAAGAUAUAGACAGCGACAAGGCUUCGGAUAAGGGAGAAUCUGGAAGAAAUACACCUAAAGAAAUUGGAAAGGAUAGUCCACGCGAUGUCGAUUCUGGAAAAGAAAGUCCUCGUGAUUCUGACAAGGAAGACGACAAGGAGGAGGAGCUUGAGAAGAAGACAAUCAAUGAUAAUGAAGACGCAAUGGAAAAAGAUGACGAACAGGGCAAGAGUAACGGAUCUACUAAAGAAGGCGACGAUUCGGACAAAGAAAACGACGAUAGGAAGGAUGAAGAAAAGGAAUCCGAGAAAAACAAAGAAAAGGAUAGUAACUUCGAACAAGGUUCUGAUAAAGGAUCCCGACGAAAUUCUGAACAGGGUUCUGAUAAAGGAUCUCGACCAAAUUCUGAGCACGGCUCUGAUAAGGGAUCAGACAACGAAUCCGAUAAAGAUUCCGAUCAUGGGUCGGAUAAGGACUCUGAUCGAGCAUCGGCAAAAGGAUCUGAUCGCGGUUCUGUCAAUGGAUCUAAUCGAGGAUAUGAUCGUGGAUCUGAUAAUGGUUCGAAUAGAGGAUCUGACAAGGGUUGGAAUAGAGGAUCUAAUCGUGGUUCAGACAAAGGUUCGAAUCGCGGUUCGGACAAAGGAUCGGAUCGUGGUUCGGACAAAGGGUCUGAUCAUGAAUCGGACAAGGAUUCAGAUGGUGGUUCAGACAAAGGAUCUGAUCAUGGUUCAGACAAAGGAUCUGAUCAUGGUUCAGAUAAAGGAUCUGAUCAUGGUUCAGAUAAAGGGUCUGAUCAUGGAUCGGACAAGGGAUCUGAUCAUGGUUCCGAUCGUGGCUCGGAUCACGGUUCCGAUAAAGGGUCAGAUCACGGAUCAGAUAAAGAAAGCGAUAAUGAAUCAGAGGACCGGUCUGCAAAAGACAGCGAUAAGGAUAGUGGAUCCGAUAGCGGUUCCGAUCGGGACAGCGAUCGUGAUUCAGAUUAGAAUGCAUCCAUUUGCAGUAAACAGGAAACCGUUCU